AUGCUCAAAACAGACGUCCUCAUUGUAGGGUCAGGCUCCGCAGGCAUCUUCGCCGCGACCUGGCUCGCCAUCUACAAUAUCCCCUUCACGAUCCUCGAGCGGCGCUCCGGACCCCUGGAGAUCGGGCAAGCAGACGGCGUGCAAGUCCGUACUGUGGAGAUCUACGAAUCCUUCGGUCUAUCAGAGGACCUGCUCCGCGAGGCCUACCACAUUCUCGAAGUGUGUUUCUGGGGGCCUGGGGAAGGAGGGAGCGGCAUUUCGAGGAAGAGCAGGACGCUGGAUACGGAGAAAGGAAUGAGUCAUUUGCCGCAUGUGAUUCUCAAUCAGGCGAGGAUGAAUGGACUAAUGCUAGGGAAGAUGGAGAAGGUAUUGGAAGAGAAGAAGGGAACGGGGGGGAUUCAGUAUGGAUGGACGGUCGAAGGGGUAGUUGUUGAUGAAACCAAAAAUAAUGAUUCCGAUGCGCAUUGCGUCAAGGUCACGGCGGAGAAAGAUGGCAAAAACGAGGUUUGGGAGGCGAAGUACGUUUUGGGUUGCGACGGCGCACACUCCACUAUCCGCCACGCUCUCGGCUACAACAUGAUUGGCGACACAUCAGACACUGUCUGGGGCGUCAUGGAUAUUUACCCGCUAACCAACUUCCCUGAUAUCCGCCGGAAAUGCACCAUCCACUCCUCCGCAGGCAACCUGCUCAUCAUCCCCCGCGAAGGCGGCGAAUUGGUCCGAUUCUACAUCCAGCUUCCCGCAGGAUCGCAUCCCAAAGACGUCAAACUCGAGGACCUGCAAGAUACAGCGCGCAGGAUCUUCGCGCCGUAUAGUAUGGACUUUGCGGGCACCUUCUGGUGGAGCGCAUACAGUAUCGGUCAGCGGCUCGCUGAGGCUUUUCACAAAGAUGGUCGUGUCUUUCUCACCGGCGAUGCGUGUCAUACACACUCUCCCAAGGCGGGGCAAGGGAUGAACGUCUCCCUACAAGACGGAUACAACAUUGGCUGGAAAUUGGGCUCUAUCCUUUCCGGCGUAUCCCCGCCCUCCAUCCUCGCUACGUACGUCGAGGAGCGCAGCAAAACAGCCGCCGAUCUGAUCACCUUCGACAAAGAGUUCUCGAGCAUGUUCAGCCGCAAGGAGGAGGUCGAAGGCGAAUUUGCGGAGUAUUUCCGCAAGAGCGGGAGGUACACAGCGGGUUUUACGGCACAGUACCAAGAUAGUCCCAUCACAGACUCGAUGCACAGCACCCCGCGCGUUGCGAAAGGCGUCACAGUUGGCAUGCGCUUCCCGUCUGCGCAAGUGAUUCGGUUCUGCGAUUGUAAGGCGGUGCAGCUGCAAAGCACACUGCGGAGCGACGGGCGGUGGCGUGUAGUCGUUUUCGCUGGUGAUAUUAGCAAUGUAGGGCAAAAGAAGAAACUGGAUAAGCUCGCCUCAUCCCUCGCCUCUUUGACCCAGCGCUUUACUCGCCCCAAAUCUAGCGCUGACAGCGUCAUUGAGCCACUCCUCGUGCUCAGCACUCCCUUUCGAGACAUCGAACAAGAGCACAUCCAUGACUACUUCUGGCCUGCGACCGGCAAAUGGGGAAUUCGCGAUCUGCAUAAAACAUAUACUGAUGAUGAGCAUUACAACUCUGGACGUGGACAUGCGUAUGAGAAAUACGGUGUCGAUGCGAGCGUGGGUGCGGUGGUCCUGGUUAGGCCAGAUCAGUAUGUUGCGAUGGUCACGGGGAUGGAUGGCAUUGGGGAGAUUCAGAGAUUCUUUGAGGGGUGUUUGAUUCAACAAAGACAAGAAGGACAUGAUGGGACCAAGGAAUGA